UAUACAACAGUGCUGAAUUAUAGAAGGUUAUCAGCAGAAUUUCUUGCAGUUUUGAUGAACUAGUAUGUUCUCAAUACAUGCUGUUAAAAGAUCUUCAGUGUGCGAGUGCUGCAUUGUACAGAGUAGAAUGUUGAGGCCUGCGUUAUUGUUGACAUUACUAACGGUGUGCACUGUUAGUAUGCAGGCCGCAGUCGGAGCCUUAAUCACCAAAGCCCAGUUCCAGGAAGCGGUGAGCCAGCUGAGCCAUGCCUACGGUUACGCCGCUCCGUCGGACGCCCUUUACGAAAGUUUUAUCAGCGCGGCCCAGAAAGCCAAAAUUGCAUCCAAACGGGAACUGGCUAUGUUCCUGGCGAACAUCCUCCACGGCAGCAACGGUUUAGCCACCACCGAAGAGUACGGUCCGCCCUACACCCCGGCGGAGCAGGAUCCUGAGCAUCCAGAACGGAGCUACCAUGGCCGCGGAUACCUAAUGUUGCGGGGAUUCCCGAAUUACAAGACCGUUUCCACGGGACUGUAUGGGGAUGAUCGGUUGGUGAAGAACCCCGAUUUAGUCAGUGAGGAGGCGGCCGCCUGGGAUACCGCGGGAUGGUUUUGGGGGAAUAAGGUCCAUGGACAAGAUGCGGUGCAGCAAGGACAGUUUGGGGCGUCUCAUAAGAUUGUGCAUGGCGGGGACGGAUGUGGGACUUCCUUGAGACAGUACGAGCGAUACGAAGUAUAUAAGAAAAUUUUGGCGGUGUUUGAACCUAACGAGGUUCCCGACAAUGCUGGAUGUAAUUAACGAAUUUGUUGCUUUUAUUAACAUCGCAUUUUUCUAAUUCGAGUUAGAAUUCUGCUCGUUUAAUUAGCAUCCGGGCUGUAUAAUUAUUUCCACUAUGUGUUUUCAGCAUCCCCCUUUCAAACCAAUUUUAACAAGAACUGGAGCAUUGUUUUGUACGGCUCUGCAACAAACUUUUUAAGAUUGUUCAACCAUUUUAUUUAAAAAGAAACAGAAACG